CCCUUCGGCGAGGUGAGAGGUCAACGCUGCGCCGGUCGACCGGGGCGACAAUGGCGGGGCUCUGGGCAGGCAUCGUAGCCUUGGUCGCGGCCGGACGCCGCGGGCGGCAGCCUCCGCAACAGCUGAUGCGGAGCGCGGCGCUGUGGACCCUGAAGCAUGGUCCACAAUAUUCAAGACAGUGCUCAAUUGUGUCCCGUACUCUCAGUUCAGUGGGAUAUAAUCCAAAUGAAAAAACUUUUGAUAAAAUUCUUAUUGCUAAUAGAGGAGAAAUUGCAUGUAGGAUUAUUAAAACUUGCAAGAAGAUGGGGAUUAAGACGGUUGCCAUCCACAGUGAUGUUGAUGCUAGUUCUGUUCACGUGAAAAUGGCGGAUGAGGCUGUCUGUGUUGGCCCAGCUCCCACCAGUAAAAGCUACCUCAACAUGGAUGCCAUCAUGGAAGCCAUUAAGAAAACCAGGGCCCAAGCUGUACAUCCAGGUUAUGGAUUCCUUUCAGAAAACAAAGAAUUUGCCAGGUGUUUGGCAGAAGAAGAUGUCACCUUCAUUGGACCUGACACACAUGCUAUUCAAGCCAUGGGUGACAAGAUUGAAAGCAAAUUAUUGGCCAAGAAAGCGAAGGUUAACACAAUCCCUGGCUUUGAUGGGGUAGUAAAGGAUGCUGAUGAAGCCGUCAGAAUUGCGAGGGAAAUUGGCUACCCUGUCAUGAUCAAGGCCUCAGCAGGUGGUGGUGGGAAAGGCAUGCGCAUCGCUUGGGAUGAUGAAGAGACCAGGGAUGGUUUUAGGUUUUCAUCUCAAGAAGCUGCUUCUAGUUUUGGCGAUGACAGACUGCUAAUAGAAAAAUUUAUUGAUAACCCUCGUCAUAUAGAAAUUCAGGUUUUAAGUGAUAAACAUGGAAAUGCUUUGUGGCUUAAUGAAAGAGAAUGCUCAGUUCAGAGAAGAAAUCAGAAGGUGGUGGAGGAAGCACCAAGCAUUUUUUUAGAUACUGAGACGCGAAGAGCUAUGGGAGAACAAGCUGUAGCACUUGCCAAAGCAGUAAAGUACUCCUCUGCAGGAACUGUGGAGUUUCUUGUGGACUCCAAAAAGAAUUUUUAUUUUCUGGAAAUGAAUACGAGACUCCAGGUUGAGCAUCCUGUCACAGAAUGCGUUACUGGCCUGGACCUAGUCCAAGAAAUGAUCCGUGUUGCUAAGGGUUACCCUCUGAGGCACACACAAGCUGAUAUUCCCAUCAACGGCUGGGCAGUGGAAUGUCGGGUUUAUGCUGAGGACCCCUACAAGUCUUUUGGUUUACCGUCUGUUGGGAGAUUGUCUCAAUACCAAGAACCUAUACAUCUACCUGGUGUCCGUGUUGACAGUGGCAUCCAGCCAGGAAGUGACAUCAGCAUUUAUUAUGAUCCUAUGAUUUCCAAAUUAAUCACAUAUGGCUCUGAUAGAACUGAAGCACUGAAGAGAAUGGAAGCUGCACUGGAUAAUUAUGUUAUCCGAGAUAUUAUGUUGUCCUGGCUGGGCUUUAAUUCCUGGGCUGAAGUGAUCCUUCUGCUUCAGCCUCACAACAAGAUGGGGCUACAGGCAGGUGUUACGCAUAACAUUGCAUUACUCCGAGAGGUGAUAAUCAACUCACGUUUUGUAAAAGGAGAUUUCAGCACUAAAUUUCUCUCUGAUGUGUAUCCCGAUGGCUUUAAAGGACACACGUUAACAGAGAGUGAGAAAAACCAGUUAUUGGCAGUAGCGUCAUCAUUGUUUGUGGCAUCCCAGUUACGAGCACAGCAUUUCCAAGGACAUUCAAGAGUUCCUGUUAUUAAACCUGACAUGGGUAAGUGGGAGCUCUCAAUAAAGUUGCAUGAUGAAGAGCAUUCUGUCGUAACAUCACACCACGGGCCAGCAUUCUCUGUGGACGUUGAUGGGUCAAAACUAAAUGUGACCAGUACGUGGAACCUGGCUUUGCCCUUACUGUCUGUCAACAUUGAUGGCACUCAGAGGACUGUGCAGUGUCUUUCUCGAGAAGCAGGUGGAAAUAUGAGCAUUCAGUUUCUUGGUACAGUGGAUUCAGAGGUCGGUCCUCAGAGUACCAGUUGAGAGGUGUGGCAAGGAAGUUGAAAACUGGAGACUUUGGAUUCUGAAGUUGGUCACUUUUAUUCUGCUGCUUUGAAGUCUUAAAUCUCUUACAUAAUUGUAAAUAUUUUGCUUCCUUUCUUUAAUUCUGUUUGGAAUUGUCUAGUUAUUGCUUCAAUAAUGCAGUCCAUAUAUUGUAUCCCAUAAUAUAUCCCAUCUGUUUGUGUAUAAAGGGCAAUUUACAGGGUAGUGAUGGAGGGUACCAGCUUUAGAGUCAGGCAGAUACUGAUUUAUUGACUAUUUGAUUUAGCCUCAUUUACUCUUUGUCAGCACUGUUUCCUGGUCUGUAAAAUACCAUCUACCUUGUUGGCUAGGGUGAGAAUCAAGUGGGGUAAUGCAUGCAUAACACCUAAGUAGAGUUCUUGGCACCACGUAAUCACUCAGUAGCUCUAACUAGCAUUGUGGAAAGAGUACACCCAAGAGUAAAGUCUUAUUUCCCUUUUUGAGACAGGGUCCUAGGAACUUUCUAGUUGCCAUAGCUGUUUCCUGCAGGUAACUAAUUUAGAUCUAGAGUAUCUUUAGUUCCUAUCUGAAACUCAGUAAGCAAGAAAAUACCACAAAAUGUUAUUUUAUUUUUUGCAUGCUUAUGAUUUGAUAUACUUUGUACAACUUCUGUUUUCAGUGAUAAGUAUAAUUUCUGCUGCAUCGAAACUGAGUGUUAAAUAUCCAUGGCCUGGGCCUGGGAUUGUAGCUCUGUGGUAGAGCCCUUGUCUGGCAUGUGUGAGACUCUUCGUUGGAUCCCCAGCACCACCUUUUAAGUACCUGGGACUGACUGAACGCAGGGCCUUCACACUGAGUUAAAUCUCUAGCCCAUUUUUUGAGUCAGAUAAGUCGCCAAAUAGCCCAGGCUGGGAUCAAACUUUUGAUCCUCCUACUAUAGCCUCUGAGUGCUAAGAUUAAAAGAAACCUUGAAAAUGGCUAUGAGGCUGUUCUAUUAGUGCAUGUGAGAGAAGGCUGGGUUUUAGAGUGAGAUGGUGAUCAUACAAA